AUGUCACCAACAUGGACUGUUCUCAAGCAGACUCUGAAGGAUUUUAGGACUGUGGCAGUGGAUGUUUUCUUUAGCGGUCACAGAGAGAGCUUCAAGAGAUCCACUAUCCUCCUCAUCAUAUGCGUCUUCCUCAGCGUCCUCCUCAGCAUCUUGCUCUACCUCUACCUCCUCUGCACUCUCACCUAUGACCCCGCAGUGGCCGGGGGAAUCUCUGCGCUCCAUUGGCUGCUGUUGACGGUAGCCCUCUUCCUGUCCAAGAGAAUACGAUGCUUGUUGACUCUUCUGCUCAUCUCUAUAUUUACCAAGAAAAGUCGCAAUCUCCUUUUGACCGCCGGGACUAGUUUAGUGGUGCUCGGGAAUAUUCGCAACACUUUGGAGAACCUGACAGGUUUGGUUCGGAGCAUUAUCUGCAACCUGAGGGCCAAGAAGGCGUCAGUCACGGCUCCUUUCAGUAACUACGUAGCCAUGUUGAAAUGGUUGGCUGGCGUACUGCAAGGGGUGACGGAUCUCGGGGUCGUUAACAUGGAUUCGCAGCUUAAGAUCUCUUCUAAGGUGGACUUGGAAGAAUUCAGGGAGCGACUCAGCCAAGCAGAACUAAAGCUGAAUCAAAGCGUCAAAUACGCCGUGACCUUUAUGAACACAGUCUCCUCUGGGAAGGAACGUGUUUAUCCGGUCAUCAGCUUCCUGGUGCUCACCGUCUUUAUCGCCUUGCACAUAAAAAAUUACCGCAGUGACCCGACAUACAAAAAUAACUUCAUCAGCAGCAAAUUUGUUCAUUAUGACGAGAAGCAGAAGGCAGAAGGACGGCGCCACGUUCUUCCUCUCACAUCAGAGGAGGAGAAGCUUUAUCCCUCACUCCCUUCCCUGCGUCCUACAGCCCAGGAAGGAAAAGCUCUGUUGAAAUUUGGCCUUCCAGUUGUGUGCCAUUUGUUUGCUUGGGUUCUAUUUAUAACCGUGGAUGCCUUGUUUUACUGCUUCGUUGUUAUUGUAACAACCAAGCUAUCGGAGAUGGAACCGUUCCAUGUCCCUCUGCUCCUGAGACUCAAAGGGGUGGCAACUCUAAUUGGUAUACAGUUGAGUGAAGAGAAUCACCUGAAAGACUUCUCUUAUUCCGUGACGCUGUUUGAGAAGCAGUGUCUCCCCAGCCCCAAACCUUUGCUCUACAGCUCAGUGGUUCCGCUGGCUGCCAUAUUGCUGAUCUUGCUAUGUAUGGCCCCACUGGCAGCCAAGGCGGUCCAGUUCAGGCUCCUGGUGUUUGAGAAAUUCUACUCCAACGCAGCAGAAGAGAGGAUACAGUUUCUGCAUGCCAAAAUUCUGAGGAAACGGUUAAAAAGGAGGAGGGCGAAAGCGAAGAGUAGCCCUUUUACUUCACUCAUCAGCAAGCCACAUUUCUGGUGUCCGUUGUUUUUCCCAGAAGAGGACAAUGUUGUGUGAGGAAACUUGUCCUCACAAAGGAUCCAUUACCGGUGCUGCUCAGAAGAUUUCCAUGUUGUCCUCUGGUGACUUAUUUUAAAACCUGAUGUGCAAUAAUAAAAUCAACUACUGACAUAUUUUAAGUCUAUUUGAAAUUCGGACAUCAUGUUGAAGCUGGUACACUUGCUCAAAGCUUUAAACAAGUAUUUAUAUCCUUACUGAUUUUUGAUAACAUUACAUGUCUAUUGUGUUUAGUACAGUACUUAAACAUAAAAAAGAUCAACAUCCAAAAGUUGUAAGUAUUUUUGGACAAGUAAAUACGUAUCUCUAACUUCAGGUUACCAACAGUAGUGUGAUUGUAUUUGUCCCAGGGAUGUUACUGUAGUCAGAAAGUAUUAACUGCCAUUCAGGCGUUGACUGUGCCAAACGUUUCUCUUGAUGAGCCUUCGGAAUUGUUUGCCUGUAAGUAUUGUAUGCCUACUAUACAUUUUAGUUGUCUAUUUAAUUAUCAUAUUUGUUAAUGUUUCCGAAUCACCAUUUAAAAUCCCUGAUGCUAAUCACUAUGGGAUUGACUAUAUGAUUUAGCAUCGAGCUAGCACGAUUAUUGAAAUUGAUUUUAUUUUAUGUCAAAAAUAUUUUUGUAUUUGACUUGUUAUAAUUGAUACCCUUCAUUAAUGUAAUUUA